AGAGACCUACAGAAAGGCAGGGGAGGGAAGAGGAGACUACAGGAGAGGACCUAAGGGAAGAAGAAAGGACAGGAUACAGACCAUGGGGUCUAAGGGAAGAAGCAACGACAGGAUACAGACCAUGGGGUCAGGUUACAUCCAGAAGCUGUUUGCAUCCUUGAGGGGGCAGAGGGUAUAUUUGAAAGUGUUAUAUGGUAAUUAAGGGCUUGGAGUUCUAUGGUUACACUGGGUUGCUAACUUGAAAGGUCAGCAUUUGAACCUACCAGGUCGAACUCCCCAGUCACUCUGGGGUAGAAAGAUGUGGCAGUCAGCUUCCAUAAAGAUUAAAGCCUUAGAUACCCUAUGCGGCAAAGGGUCGCUUUGAGUCGGAAUCAACUCCACGAAAAAAAAAAAAAAAAACCGGCAAUAGGGCUAUUUAUUUAUUUAUUGGUUUUUGGAUUCAAGCCCUACUAGGCUUUUUAGGCUUAGGCUUAAAUAAAUCAAACAACGCAUUGCAUUGGACAAAUCUACUGUCAAGAGCUCUCUUUAAAGUGUUAAAAAGCAAAGAUGUCAUCUUGAGGACUAAGGCGCGCCUGACCCAAGCCCAUGGUGUUUUCAAUCGCCUCGUAUGCAUGUGAAAGCUGGACACUGAAUAAGGAAGACCAAAGAAGAAUUGAAGCCUUUGAAUUACCAUAUUGGCAAAUAAUAUUGAAUAUAACAUGGACUGCCAGAAGAGGGAACAAACCUGUCUUGGGAGAAGUACAGCCAGAAAGCUCCUUACACGGAAAGAUGGCAAGACUUGUCUCACAUGCUUUGGACAUGUUAUCAGGAGGGAUCAGUCCCUGGAGAAGAACUUCAUGCUUGGUAAAGCAGAGGGUCAGCGAAAAAGAGAAGACCCUCUAGGAGAUGGAUUGACACAGCCGGUGCAAUAAUGGGGUCCAGCAUAAUAACGGUUGUGAGGAUGGCUCAGGACCGAGCAGUGUUUCAUUCUGUUGUGCAUGGGGUGACUAUGAGUCGGAACCGACUGCAGGGCACCUAACAACAACAGCUUUGUAGCCUCGGGCAAGUUACUCCUCUUACCUUCGCUGUCCUUAUCUGUAAAAUGGGGCUCAUGAAGGAUUUGACGAUUAAAUGAAAUAAUGCCUGCAUAGCGCCUGAAACAACGUUUGGUAUGGCCAGCACUCAAUAUUAAUAUCAGCUAUUAUUAAUAUUUAUUGUAAGUAUUAGCCAGGGACUGGGCCACACCGCACUCAACCUGGAGAGUCACGCUCCGAGUCGAGCCAGCCCAGCAGCUCGCUGCCAUCUCCCACAACUCCCUUGUUCGGGUAGGGCCCGCCCCUCGCUUCCUUCGCCUCUUGCCAUUGGUCGAGACUCGGAAGCCCUUCCACCAAUCCACUUGGCUAGGGAGGAAGCAGGCUGAAAGGGCAGAGCCAAUGGGCGUGGGGGUUACGGUCUCUUGGAUACGAGAGUAAACAGAGGAGGACUCGCUAGCCCGGGGGCCUGGGGGCAGCGAAGUAACGGUGGUAGCCCGGAGACAAGGUCCGGUGUUUGCUACCGGUGGCCCGGCUGAGAGUAGCGCGGCCCAUGGUGCAGGGCCGGGAGCGAGAGGACUCCCACCAAGUCUCCGGCAGCCCGUCCCUGUUCGUGAGAUGGGUGCAAGGAUUUCCUAAGCAGAAUGUUCAAUUUGUCAACAAUGAAACCAUUUGCUACCCUUCUGGGAAUUACAUAAUAUUUAUUAAUAUUAAAACCAAGGAAAAGACGGUACUCCAGUGUGUGAGUGGAAUUGUGGGCAUCGUGGCAACUAAUAUACCCUGUGAAGUUGUGGCUUUUUCAGAUCGGAGGCUAAAACCCCUCAUCUACAUAUACAACUUUCCUGGAAUGACUAGAAGGACCAAACUAAAAGGCAAUAUUCUUCUGGACUACACUUUACUUACCUUCAGUCACUGUGGCACGUACCUGGCAAGUUACUCCACUCUCCCAGAAUAUGAACUGGCCCUCUGGAAUUGGGAAUCCCAUGUCAUUUUGUGCAAGAAGUCACAGCCUGGUGUGGAUGUGAGCCAGAUGACUUUUAACCCCAUGAACUGGCACCAGCUAUGUUUGUCAAGUUCAAAUGCAGUGACCGUGUGGAACAUUGAAAGAAGUAACCAGGAACAUUACCUCAAACCAAAGUCAGUAAAACUACCUGCAGAAGAUGGGUCCAUCGUGGAUGAAACAGACAUCAUUUUCACUCACUCACUGCUCAAGGAUCCUAUCUACGGACCUGUGCUCCCCCUGUCAGCCAUUGCCGGGCUAGUGGGUGAAGAGGCAGAAACUUUCAGGCCAAAAGAUGAUCUGUGUCCUUUGCUUCACCCAACUAUGCAUUGCUGGACUCCAUCAAGUGACCUGUAUGUUGGCUGUGAAGAGGGUCAUCUUUUAAUGAUUAAUGGAGAUACUUUGAAGGUGACUGUGCUUAAUAAGACAGAAGAACCACCACCCUUGGACAGAAGAAAUAUCAUCACUCCAAUCACCUUGGCAUAUCAGAAAGAAGGCGUACUGGCUUCUGGAAUAGAUGGCUUUGUGUAUUCUUUUCUUAUUAAAGAUUCAAGUUACAAAGUACAGGAUUUUACUGAGGUAGAAGAGCCUGUGGAGCAUCUUACGUUUUCUCCCAAUUACAAAAUGUUGCUGAUUCAAACAGAGAAGGGAUCUACUUAUAUCUACACUUUUGGUGAGGAGCCAACCUUAGAUAAAAUCCUAGCUUCUUGUGAUGGAAAUUUUCAGGCAAUUGAUUUUAUUACACCUGGAAACAGUCAUUUCAUGACUCUUACAGGUUCAGGGGAUGUUGGUAUUUGGUUGUUGGACGAUGGGUCUCCUGUCAGCAGGAUUUCUCUUAAUACCCUGUCGACUGUUCUGGCUUGCUGUCCCUCCUCACCCUCUGCUGCUGUGGGGACCGUGGGUGGCUCAGUCCACUUCCUCGAUGUUGCUGACGUCAAUUCCCCUCGGGAAGUUCACAAGGCCUUCCUUUCCAAAGCUUCUGUGCAGGAUGUUAUUUAUGACCAACGAGGAAUGUAUCUGUUAGCUGGAACAUCAGAAGGAUACAUCUUUGUUAUCAAUGCCAAGCCGUCAAGCUCAUUUCAGAUUCUUGGAUACACAGAGGUGGGCAAAGGCGUUUUACAAAUAUCCACAGUGUCUCUUUUGGAAACUGACAUAGUGGAAGUGAUGGUGCUUACCCCGCUUCCGAAAACAGACAGAAGCAGACUGGAAAUAUUUACUCUGCCUCUAAUACUACCACAAGUUGCUGCAGCUUUUGCUGAUGAAAGAGGGAAGCUUAGAGAUGAAUUCAUUCAUAGGUACCUGUAUGAGAUCGAGCAUGCUCUCUCCUCUGCAGUCUUGGACUUCCAAAGCCAACGAAUUUUUGGCUUCUGUAGUCACGUGCCAUACAUCUGUAGCUAUCUUCUUCCCAAAAAGGAACAUACCGGAAUUUGCAUUCUUAAACCAUUCCAAAAAGUGCAAAGCAAACAUUAUGGAUAUGGAAAGCUGUACCUGUCUUCUCAUGGAUUGUGGCUCUUAACAGCAGCUAAAGGUGGAAUCCUGUAUAUCCGAGAUGCUUAUACUUUGGAAAUGUUUGCUCGGUGUCGAAGUCAUUCUUACCAGGCGCAAGGGAUUCGGUCGUUGAAAGCUUCAAUGGAUGGACAAGACAUUCUGGUGAAUGGGAGAAAUGAUGGCACUCUUGUUUGUCUAAAAUGGAAACGAUUUGGAGGAGUCUUAGCCACUGAGAGUCUUGACCACUGCUUGAAACUUUUAACUUCUCUGAACACCACCAUGAAUGAGGAGAGUGCCUAUAUACGUGGGAUGCGAAGAGAUUCCUUAGACUUGGGAUCAGAUAAUGAGAAAACAGCAUCUGGGAUAAAGCUGUUAAACAUUGACUCCUCACAAGAAGAAUUAGUCUCAGCUCAGGACAUGAAGGAAAUUUCCUGGAUGGAAGCAAAAGGUCAAGAGGCCAUCAAAAAAGAGGUUAACCAGUUCUCCAAGAAAAGAAGAGAGAUAAAAAAAGGAAUAAAAGCACUUGCUAAAACAGUUCAGAGUAUGAUGGAAGAAAAUGAAACAGUAGGCCAUAUUGCAAAAUUAGAGCAACAGGAACUCAGCCUGGAUCUUGAGGAGUUGCAAAGGCUUCACGAUGAAAGUGAGGAAGAAGUGGCAAAGAUAAGAAAGGACGCAGAGAUGGAUAACCUAGCCAAGAGAUAUUUGGCUGAACUUAUCAAAGAAGAAUGCUGGAACUCUAUGGCUGUGAAAGGUCGAGCUCUUAAGUGCUUUCACAUACCCUAUACGGUUGAGAACUUCCCAAUGAAAGAGCGCACAGCUGAAGAGAUGAAAGAAUUGGAGAAAGUUUUACAGCAAAAGAAGAUUGAAACAGAAUGUCUUAAACUACGGAAGGAAAUUGUAGAGGCCCAGUCUGCAGCUUCCUUGGCUAACAACCAUCAUGAAGAGGAUGAUGAAGAGGAGGAAGAAGAAAACGUAACAACAAAAGAUACCAACCUGCCCAAUUACCUGCUUGGCAGUCUGAGUACUGAUUUUGGGGUGGAUACCUCUUUUUUGUCAAGCCAGUUAGAGCUUCAUUCAAGAGAGGAGAAAAUCAACCAAAUUAUAUUACUGAAGGAUAUCAUCUACAAGGUCAAAACUGUUUUUAAUAAUGAGUUUAAUGCUGCAUAUAAACAGAAAGAGUUUGAAAUUGCACGUGUGAAGGAAAGAAAUGUAAGAAUUCAAGAAAUUAUUUUAGAUCUGGAGUUGGAAGAAACAGUCUGGCAACCGGAAUUUGAAGACUGUGAGAAGCCAGAGAGAACCCUUGUUGUGGAAGAUAGUGAGAUUACAGUUAGCAAACAUGUAAAACCGUGGAAAAAAGCCAAAGACGAAUUGAUUACUGCCCACAGAAUAGAGAGAUGGAUUACAUUCCAGAGCUCCGACAUGAGACAUCGAGCCCUGAUGGACAUGAUGGGAGGUGUCCUGGAAGUCAAGAAGGAAGAUAUCUUGAGAAUGGUGAUUCCUCAGCCGGCUUUCAUGGCAAAACCUGAUGCUGUGUGGUCUGAAGAGGAAAGGAAACAAUUCAAAGAGUACGAGAAAAAAGUCAAGGAGCUAAAUGAAGAAAAAGAUAAAUAUAGAAAGUCGUUAGAAGCAGAACUGAAGAAACUUCAAAACAGUAUUCAAGAAAGCACACAGGCCUUUGAUGAACAUUUAAAAAGACUCUUUGAAAGGAGAGUGAAGGCAGAGAUGGUUGUCAACCAGGAGGAAUUGAAAAUAGCUAACCUUAUUUUCUCUUUACUGUUGGAUGAAGAAUUAAACUCCAGAGAAUUAUGCCUGAACAACUACCUUGCAAGGAAUCAGGAGCAGAAAAUCCAGACUUCAGAGGCUGUCCGGAAUGCUAAAGAAGACCUCGAUAUGUACAAGGAACACUAUGACAACUUACUGGCGGAAGACAAAGUUCUUGAUCGCAGCUUUAAAAAGGAGUUUUCUGAAAUUCCUAUGCAUCAGGUGGAUUUACUCUACAAACUUUUUAAACGCCGGCCAAGGAUUCAAAAACAGAAAACGCACCAAGAUACAGCCAAUAUUGUGCCUUUCGGAGAGCGACCAGGAUCUGACAAAUCAAAUAAGGAUGCCUUUGCACAGUUAAUGAAAGCCAUGGAUGAAUUGGACAAUAUUAGUAACAUGCCAGAAGGCUUGGAUGUCUCGGUCUGGGAACAUUUCUGCAUGACCAGACGAAUGAAAGUGGAAAAUGAACAGAAAGUAAAGCAAAAAGCAGCUGGCUUAAUGGAAAUGGUGACUUUUCUUCGGAAGAGAGUUGAGGAAGAUGAAAAGGUGCAACAGAACAUUGAAAAAGUGUUCCAUGAACUCAUCCUAUUACAGGAAGAGAAAGUGGAAUUCCAGUUGAAUUUGACCAUCCAAAUUCUCCUUAAACAAGGACAAGUAGAACUGGAGAAUUUCCAGUUAAUUCUGGAAUAUUCUGAUGCAAUUCUCAUCAACAAGAACAUAAUUGAAGACUUGAAUUCUGUGAUUCGGGCUCAAGGACAAAAGAAAGUUACUAGCAUGGUGGAAAGUAAAGAUGUCCACAAAGGGAUAUUUCAAAUUGAGUGGGAACAUAAGAAAAUGGAGAUGGAAAUGGAAGAUCUAAAUCAAAAGGCUUGGGAUAUUCAGAUGCUGUUUUUUUCAAGAGAUCGUCAAAAGUUCCUAAAUGAACCACAAUAUGAGACUCUGAUAGGUAUUCAGAUUGGAGUAAUGGAGCAAACUAUUGCUGUUUUAGAUAAGACCCACAAGAAGAAUGUGGAAAACUGCAAAAAACUACUCAAAAAACUGGGCAGGUUCAGCAAUCACAAGGAUGUAGCAAAUUAUACUCUAAGCUGCAAUUUACGAGAAGAGUUGGUCGCUGUCUCAGAGAGAAGAGACAUCUGUAAUGCAAUCGGAUCUAAACUAACUUGUGAAAAGAUUGCCAAAGAACGAUAUGAAAACAUGAUGCAACAACAAAAAUUAACAAAUAUUUCAAAACAACAAGCUGAACAGAUUUCAAUUCUGCAGGCUGAAGUUGAAAGAUUAAGGAUGAGAACGUUUCCUGCUCUUGUUCCAAUGUAAAAAUGCUGGCCAAAUCAUCAUCUUAAAUAUCAUUUCAUUUGGUUAAAAUGAUUUUUUUUCUUUUGUAUCAGGAAAUUUAAGUAGAUUUCUCUUAGUUG